GGAGAACCCUUCACAGUGAGGACAUCCUGCAGAAGGCAAUGUCAGAGCACUGCAGCCUUUCCCCCGGGAGGAAUCAGGGACCCUGCCCAUCCUAUGGCUACCCCUCAGUAACACGGAGGGUGGGAAAUGAGAAAACGUGGCUUGGUAACAUUCUCUGUUCGGUAAAAUACUCCUUGAAGAGACAGGAGAUGUUUAGCACUGCCUGAAGGGGACAGUAUCGAUGUGUGAAGUUGUUUCGGACCGUAACCUGACUGAGAGACAUUUUCCCAGAAACUGGUGACGAGUGACUGCUUAUCUCUUUAAUUGGAUGUUCCUCUGAAACUAACCAGAUCUCUGCUUCUGCAAUCAGGAAAUGAUCGAGGAUCAACAUGAAAUGCUGCUUCGAGAAAGUUGUUUUUGAUGAUUUUGUUGAGCUAUUUCUCCUCGGAGUAAUCAAUUCCCUGUUUAGGAAACAGGGUCACUAGAUUCCCAAAAUGUUGCUGAUCCUUUUCUCCAUCUCCCUGUGCUUUUCCCGGGCUUCUCCCGAGACUAACGCAUUCACUGUGAUUUACACAAUUGUUGCUGAAUUGAAGGAUUUUCCUGAGGUUACAAACAGUGCAACAGUCAAUGGAGUUAUCAUCGGUUCAUGUGACAGUAAAACCCAACGGUGCUUUCCCAGGCAGCAGUUCAUGGCAGAAUUCUUCGAUAUGAAUUUCUGGGAUUAUAUCACAGAGCGGGUGAACAUACAUGCAAACAAGGUGAAGGAAAUUCUGAGUACAAUAAUGAAGAGGUCAAACCAGACGUCGGGAGUUCACAUUUUUCAACAGAUAAUUGCUGUUGAGAUCAGUGAUGACGGCAGCAUUAAGAGAUCGAUGAGAUUUGGAUUUGAUGGAAAGGACUUUAUCAGUUUAGAACAAGACAGAAUGAGAUGGAUCGCAUCCAAUCCCAUUGCAGUGAUGACUAAGGAGAAAUGGGAUUCUGAUAAUUCCUGGAACUACUACUGGAAAAGACACCUGGAAGAAGGAUAUGUUAAAUCUUUAAAGAGCUAUCUAAAAGCUGGAAAGGAAUAUUUCACAAGGGAAGUUCAGCCUGAAGUGUUCAUCUCCAGGAGGGAGCCCAAUGGUCAGGACAAGCCGCUCACUCUCUCCUGCCUGGUCACUGGGUUUUAUCCUGUAGACAUCGAGGUGACCUGGCUAAGGAAUGGAGAGGUCAUGUCUGGGACCCAAUCCUCAGGGGUUCGACCAAACCACGAUGGGACCCAUCAGAUCCAGAAAGAGAUUGAGAUCAAUGCUGGGGAUGAGGAUCAAUACUCCUGUCAAAUUGAACACAGCAGCCUGGCAGAGGGCAAGCUCUAUCAGUGGGAAAAUCUGAAAAGCAAUUGGCUGCAUUCCCAUCUUGGAAGUCUCAUUGCAUCAAUGGUCAUUCUAUUGGCUGUUAUUGUCGGGAUAGUCGGAAUAAUCAUCUGGAAAUGGUCACGGAGAGGUUCACCAAGUGGGACCUACACAACAGCUCCCACUUUUGAAGUCUCUGGUGCAGCUUCUUCAUGAUUCAGAAUGAUUAUAUUCAUUUACACAGCAGCAGCUUGUGGCUCUUGGAAUCAGCAGAUGUUGAGCUUCACUUCAAUGUGAACUGGGGGAGUUAAGACCAUCCAACUCCCCAACAAGCCUUCCCCAAACUCACCAGGGAGUACAAAGCGAGGUUUAUUUCAUAUAUGUGUUUCAGAGUUGGAUGGUUGAUCAUGUCUGGGAGUGUUCAUUCCCCGGGGGGAGAGGGGUUGUGGAGGGGAGUGUGAAGAGAGGGCCAGGCAGCUGCUGAGAAUCAGGAAUACUUCACUGACUGGUGACCCAGCAGCUAUUGGAGGGAGGAAAGGGCAGGCUCACCAGCUGAAUGACCCACACAAUCCUUGAGACUUUAUCAGGAGAGAAUUGUAAAGUGACCCCUGACCUGUCCACUCUCCAGGAAUGGGAUUUCAGCUUCAAGUCUAUCCUCCAAUUGGACAUGUUAAUGAUUAUACUGAGGUGAUAACUCUUGAUAAAAAAAAGUCAUUGCUCCUGAUCAAUCCUGUCAGAAUCUUUUAAACGAUGUCAGCUAUCUUUUGGUACAAUGUAAUUCUUGUUUGAAAAAUGAUAC